AUGGCGGGCACAAGCAGAAAAUAUGCCGGCAAGGUGGCGCAGUUUGACAAGAACAUCACCAAACGCGGCAACGUUCCUGACAGCCGAAUUCGAAGCGAGAACUCCUACCCUGUAGGACCUCUGAUUCUCGCGCUUUUCUUGUUUGUUGUCGUGGGAUCCGCGAUCCUCCAGAUCAUCUUCUCGGCUCAGAGAGGUGCCUUCUUGUGA